GUUUAGAGUACUCUUCAAGCCAAUAAAAAUGGAGGUAAUCAGAUAAUUGAGUCUGGAUUGAUGCUUUGUUUAAUUUCAUUUAAUCGACGCAUAAUUGUGUCGCUUUAGGUCUGGUGGUUUGAAAAUAAGUGCCACCAAUGACUAAACUUCUAGUUUCAACACCAAGCAUAUAUGUUUUGUUAUAAGAUUUACACCUGAGGAUUAUUAAGGAUCACACAUAGGCUGUAACCAUGGCUACUGAACUUGAUGUGUUGAAGGAGAUUCCAGGAUACAAGGCAAUCCUGAAGUCAGUCCUCAAAUCGCAAAUACAGAUGUUGAUGGAACAAUUGUCAAACCAGACUGGUGAAGAGUCCAUCAUUCUGACAGCAAGUGUACAUGAUGGUUCCCUGUCUCAUUUGGGAUCCAACACUGGCAAGGGGUUCCUGGAGGGGAGAGACGAAAUAAAGGCACAAUUCCUGGGAUAUUGCCUAAAAAGUCAGCAUACCAAAGAGUCACAAGAGGCAGAGUGUCCGCAGUAUAAUCGCAGUCGAACAUUAAUGCCCCCUGCCCGGCGUCAGCGACCUCGAAUACGCCCAGCACCUUAUUCCAUCGGUUCGCCUGGAGCCAACAGCAUCGUUACCUCUUCACCAUCAUUCCAAAUGUCUUCACAACAUGAUAUAAGUGAAAUGAAAACCAGCAAUAAUUCAAGCGUAAAAACCGAAACUGCCGACGCUGCUGAUAACUUUCUAGACUCGGUCACGUCAGACGGGGAUGUCGAAUUUCCAGCGGUGGACGAUUCUAAUUUGUCGAACCAGGCAACUAAUCAAAAUGAAUCCUUUGAUUCUAGUCAGUCUUCAAGCCAGGACAAUAUAGGCAACUCUGUUCAAACUGUGAAAACGGAGCCCCAGUCAGCCGACAAUGACCUUGAGGUCACUGGCAUCGAAAUGGGAGACAACUCUUUGUCAUCAUCAGAAAAUUGGGGUCAGGGUUACGGUUCCUCUGGACAAAAUGACGGUGGUCAACCUGAUCAGAAUUCAUACAAUGCACUGUGGUUGCAAAGCAGUCAAAAUUGGCCUCAAUCUGCAGUUGAAUCCCUGUCCAGCAAUUCCCAUCCUGGAGGUAACUUCAUGAGGCAGUUUCCUGUUAAUAGAGGAUUUCUUAGCCGACACAUUCUGGAUAAUGUCACAGGGAGAACUAUGGAAAGCCAUAGAGAGAUAAAUGACGAUACAACAGCAGUGUCACCAGCGGAGUCUAGUUCAAAUCCAGUCCAGCCGGGAACAAACAUGUACAUAAACUGUUCGUACAGUUGCGCGUCCUGUAAUCUUAAAUUUGCCACGAAAGGUCAACAUAUGAAUCAUUUAUACGAUAUACACAAAGUCCCACACUACGACUGCGAUUUUUGUGGGCGGCGAUUCCGUAUGCGACAGCAAAUGGAAACUCACAGGCGGAUGCACACCGGGGAGAAACCGUACAAGUGUACAAGCUGUGACGCUGCUUAUGCAAAUGCUGCGUCGCUGCGUUAUCACAAAAUGAAAGUUCAUACUGGACAACAGUGAUCGGUCGUGUCAGCUCAAAAACUUUUUCAAAGCCAUUUUUGAUAAGAAAUUUAAUAUUCUCAGGAUAAUGAGCUGAAGAUUUCGAACUGAACCCAGCAAAUUGUCUUCCAUCUUGAAAAGUACAAAAGUUCGAAAAAAUGUAAUCUUUUAUGUGAUGAUGUUUAUCAAAAGUUUGAAAAUGUGACGGUUUAAGUUUUGAUGUUAGGAACAUUCCUUUGAGACUUUUAAUGUAAAAUGUACAAUUUAUUGAAGUGGUCAGUGAUUGAUUUAGCAUGACCACUGUGUACAUAAACCAAAGACAUUACUAAAAAGUAUUUUACAUUAGUCUGGACAAAGGAAAAACUUUGUGACAGUUUAUUAUAGGGCAUUAUGAAUAUAAUACUCAUAAUUAAUUUUGUGCAAUAAACAGUUUUCCAUUGCUAGUGUAUUAUAGAAUGUCGUAUGUGUUUUAAAAGCUGUACAAGACAGCUUAGUGAAAGUGUUGGUAUUUUAAUUUUAGCAUUCAUAUUUAGUUGAAGAAACAUUCGAAAAACAAGAAAUAUGAAAAGAACGUUAAUUAUGAUAAAUUUUAUUAAUAAUAAUUAUCAUUAUAACAUGAAAUAAACUUGUU